AUGGAGGGCUCUAAGAUCCUACGCAAUGCCAAACUCAUCAAAGACAAUUCGAACACCCAGAAGCGCCAUUACGUUAGGCACAAGACACAUGCUGAAGAAAAUGUCCCUCUUAGGUUCGAGCUCUUCAUCCUCGACGAUGGCCAGCAGAAGAUCGAAGUCCGUGAGGAAACCAAGGUGCCCAACACCACCGUCUUUACCUUCAACAAAGAAGACCACACGCUCGGCAACCUCAUCUCUCAGCGCCUCCUCAAAUACGACUACAUCACCUUCUCCGCAUACAAGGUUCCCCACCCGCUCUUCGCAACCUUCGAACUCCGCGUCACUACGGACGGCAGCAUCACACCCAAGGACGCUGUCGUGCGUUGCUGCAAGGAUGUCAUUCAGGAUCUGAGCAAGGUCUCGAUGAGCUUCCAAGGCGAGUGGCUCAACCAGAAGAUUAUCGAGGAGGGCCAGCGAGACGCUGAGGUCAGGGACCAGGGUAAUUACUAG